GAAAUCAGACGCGAACUGGUCAAUUCCGUUGUGAGGGGUGCACCAAGGGAUGAUGUGAGCGAGGACUUUGAAAUGGCAUGAUGUUGUAAGGCUUCUGUCUGAUCCUAUAGCUUCCUACAUCUUCCUAUAGUGAGAUUUGUUCUGGUAUUCAUGCGAUAUGCAACUUGAUCUCCUGCACACCGGUCCUACUUCGGAAAAGCUUGAUUCAUCACAUGCACUAGGAGUCAACAUGGUUUGUCCGCCCACACCAAUCAGCAUUUUUCCUUCUAGCUCAGAUGUUCAGGACUAUCUAUCAUAUAUUUUUCCUGUGAUUUAAAUGCCCUGUUAUGUUUUGCUUGUUGCCUUGAGUCUCCUUCGACAAGAUGUAUAUUCGUGGUUGCAAACGUGUCGACAUUAUCCUCUUUACUGUGACAUCUUUGUUCUCAUACAUCGCUGCGAUCACUAUCCCAACAACAGCACCUUCGACCGCCGCUACGAUUGAUAGCUCUCAAGUCGCUGUUUCACUAGAAUUUUUUGCUUUCCCUGGAUAUACAGAGCUGGUCUCUACAGGGACGUGUUUGGCAAACCUACAAGCAUUACGAGGUGCACCUGUUGCUGUUCGGAUCGGUGGUACAACUCAAGAUCGUGCGACCUAUGAUCCCUCCCUCACUACUGCAGUCAGCUAUACCGUGGCCAGUCCCACAGAUGCACCCACCUCACUCACGUUUGGGCCCUCCUUUUUCACUCUCGCUGCCAGCAACUUGAAAGGGAACGUCACCAUUGGACUCAAUCGGCAGCUCAACGACCAAGCCAAUACUCUAUCUGCUGCCGUACAAGCAAAGAACACCAUGCCAAAUUUGUACGCUAUCGAGCUUGGAAAUGAACCAGACUUAUAUGCAUCCACCUCUCCAAUCGUUCCUUCUUCUGGUUGGAGCCAAACCGCUGAUGCUGCAAGUGAAAAAAGUUGGUUCACCGCAAUUGCACCAUCUGUCGGAAACAUUUUUCAAGCUGCAGUGUAUCUCUCCUGGCGUACAGCAGCCACUAUCCCCCUUCUGGGCACCAGUAUCAGUAAUGUCAGGACCGUUUCUGAGCAUUCGUAUCCGCAGUCAGCAUGCGAUGGGGCGACUACGAACUUGCAAACACUUAUGAGUCACUCUGGAAUUGUAUCUUAUACGGCUGGCUUCAAGGACGAUGCAGCUUCUGCACAUGCGGCUGGUGUCAGAUACUUCCUCGGUGAAACUAACUCUGCCACCUGCGGUGGAGGGGGUAUCAGUCCUACUUUUGGAGCGGCGUUGUGGAUCGUAGACUACGUUCUCCAAGGAGCCCUCAAUGGGGUGGAACGGUCGUACUUUCAUCAGGGAACCAUCGGGGAUUGCCAAUACUGCUGGUGGGGUCGCUUCACAACUGGCGCGCCUUUCUAUGGAGCUUAUUUCGUGUCUCAGUUUCUUGGAACUGACGGAGCGAAACUCGAGAUACUCGACGACGGGACUGGGGCGGUAGCGUCGUAUGUGGUCUACAACUCUGCAGGCGUUGCAGUUCGUCUUUUAGUAUACAACUCCAACUACUACGACGGAACCGGCACACGAUCAAGCACGUCAGUCUCGUUCACAGGCGGAGGAAUACCUUCUAGUGGAACUGCAACUGCUCUGCGUCUCACUGGGCCCAAUGCAACCUCGCGAGUGGAUGAAGGUGGCAUAGUCACUAUUGGUGGUGGUGUAACGUUUGAUGGCGAUUGUAAUGCUAUUGGUACUCAAACCAGGGAAAAUGUGGUGGUAACGGGGGGAAGCUUGACAGUUGUUGUUCAGGCUUCCGAGGCUUUGAUUGUAUCUCUGUGAACGACCUUAGUACAGCUACUAUAGCACGUCAAUGCAGAACUACGUGAUUCAGACAUCAUCGACCACGGUGAAUGAUAACAAGUACUGUUACUUCAGCUUCAGUUCGAUAUAGGUGCAAGUGGGGUGGAGAGCCAAGA